AUGAAUGUGGGUAUUGUUGGAGCUGGGAUAUCCGGUCUCUAUAUCGCACUGUCUCUUCAACGGCAGGGACAUAAUGUCACGGUAUUCGAAGCCACUCCCAGGAUAGGAGGCCGGAUUUACACGCAUCGAUUUCAGCCGCUCAACGAGGGCGAAGAUGUUUACUUUGAAGCGGGAGCUAUGCGAAUUCCUCGCUCCCCAUUACAUGAUCGCGUUUUUCACUUUGUCCAGUAUCUGAACACGUACGGCAAGCCUGAGGAUCAAGUCGAGCUGAUCCCCUAUGUAAUCGAGCACGAGAACAACAUCGCAUACGUUCACGGCCACAAAGCAGACCUCAGUGACACCGAGCAUGGAUCUCGCCUAGGGAUCCCCCAGCCUUACCGAGGAAAGUCCGCGCGGGAGCUCCUGGGUGAGGUUGUCACGCCGUGGCUGCAGCUUUUAGAGAGAGACUUCGACAAGGGGUUUGCCGAGAUCAUGAAGUACGAUAUGCUCUCUUUCCGGAGCUAUCUGGCUUUAGUCCAGCAAUGGCCACACGAGGUAAUUGACUUUGUCGAACUGAUGACGAGUCAGACGAACCAAUAUGACCUGAGCUUCGUGGAAAUUAUUAUGCAGAAUUUAGACUUCAAUGUUCGCGAGUGGUUCACCGUCGGUCAUGGUAUGUCCCGUCUCACGCAAGGGGCAGCCAAGCUUGUGGGUCUGCAGAACAUCCACACCAGCUCUCCCGUCGAUCGUCUCAUCGAGAACCCCGAUGGCCGCAUCACCCUCCACGCGCAUGGGCCCAUCCCUUUCACCGGUACCUUCGACAAGGUCGUCCUGGCCAUCCCCCCAGCCGCCCUUCAGGGCAUCCGGGAACGCCCAACCUGGAGCUUCAUGAAAGAGCAAGCGAUUCGCAGCGCCCAUUUCGAACCGUUAUAUAAGAUCGGACUACACUUCCGCACGCGAUUCUGGGAACAGCUCAAUGCCCCAUCGUUCGGAGGCCAGAGCGCCACCGACCUUCGGUUCCGAUGGAUUGUCUACCCGUCCAACGAUCUAGGGACCUCGGGAUCGGGAGUGCUCCUCCUCUACUGCUGGAUGAACGACGCAUACCGCAUCCAGUCAGUGCCGCGCGAUCAGCGCGUCAGACUGGCGCUGCAUGACCUGCAGCGCUUCUUCGCGGACACGGGCGUUGAUAUCUAUAGCCAGUAUGUGGAUUCCUUCGACAUCUGCUGGAGCAAUGAGUAUGUGACGGGUGAUGCAAUGUUUCUUCCUGGCCAGUUCAGUCGCUUCCAUCGCGUGGCUGCAAAGCCAGAGGGUAACAUUCACUUUGCUGGGGAACACUUAAGUCGACAUCAUACGUGGAUAUCCGGUGCCAUGGAAUCGGCGCAAAAGGCCGUUCAGGAGAUAUCGGGGGAGGUGGAUGCGAGACCUCUGGGAGAGGAAGAGUACACCCGGCAAUUCGUGAAGGCGAUCGAGACGCCGCCGCGCCGUGUGGAUGCGAUACCAGAACAUGAGAGACAGAUUUUAUCCCGACUAUAG